ACGAGUCUGCACACUGGACCCACUCCUUCAGCUUCCUUCUCCUCCUUCUCCUCGCUCGUAUCUCAGACAUUCACAUAUCUACAUUGCCUUUGAAGGUUAGACGAGAAGCUCAAGAUGUCGUUAAAGGUGCCAAAAGCAAAUAAUAUGCAGCUCUUCAAAGACGGCUACAAGGUCAGCUCAGGCAUCGAGGAUGCCGUUCUUCGGAACAUCCAAGCCGUCGCAGAGCUGUCUGACCUUGUCCGAACGAGCUUCGGGCCAAAUGGGCGCAACAAGCUUGUGGUGAACCAUCUCGGUCGACUUUUCGUGACAUCCGAUGCCGCAACCAUCAUCCGCGAGAUCGAGGUUGUACAUCCGGCGGCGAAGCUACUGGUCAUGGCCUCGCAGGCGCAAGAGUCUGAGAUGGGCGACUCAACGAACAUGGUGUUGAUCCUUGCGGGCGAGCUGUUGAAGAAAGCCGAACACCUGCUCAUCAUGGGUCUGCACCCGAGCGAGAUCGUGAAGGGUUACGAGCUUGCGUGCAUAAAGGCAUUGGCAGAACUCGAGAACCUCCCAACGCGCUCACUGGAAACGCCACCGUCACAGUCGGGCCUAGCCGCAGCACUCAAGCCGGCGAUCGCGUCAAAACAAUACGGGUACGAGGACACGCUCGCAGCGCUAGUCGCUGAGGCGGCCCUGGCAGUCAUGCCCCCGAACCCAAAGAACUUCAACGUCGACAAUGUUCGGGUCGUCAAGAUCAUGGGCGGCAGCCUUGCCGGCAGCCAGGUUGUGCGUGGUAUGGUGUUUGGACGGCAACCGGAGGGCAUGGUUACAAAAGUGAAGAAGUCAAAGGUUGCGGUCUUCACGUGUGGGUUGGAUAUUGCACAGACAGAGACGAAAGGCACUGUGCUGCUUAAAAAUGCGGAGGAGAUGCUCAACUUCACUUCGGGAGAGGAGAAGCACCUCGAAAGGAUCUUCCAAGAAAUCGCCGACUCUGGCGUGAAGGUCAUCGUUGCCGGCUCGACCAUCGGCGAGCUCGCCCUCCACUACCUCAACCGCCUGGACAUUGCCGUCCUCAGGGUCCUCUCCAAGUUUGACCUCCGCCGGCUCUGCCGCGUCGUCAACGCGACGCCGCUCGCGCGGAUGGGCGCGCCCACCGCCGAGGAGGCCGGCUACGUCGACGUGUUUGAGUGCAUCGAAAUUGGCGGCGACCGCGUCACCGUGCUCCGCCAGCUCACACCGGACGACCCGGACUUCGACCCCACCACCCCCGGCGAGAAGACUCGCACGGCGACGAUCGUGCUCCGGGGCGCGACCGCGAACCGGCUGGACGACCUCGAGCGCGCGGUGGACGACGGCGUGAACGUCAUCAAGGCGCUCCUCAAGGAUGCGAGGCUCGUCCCUGGGGCGGGUGCGACGGAGCUCGAGCUCGCGCGGCGCGUGGAGACGUAUGGUGCGGGCUUGAAGGGCCUCUCGCAGCACGGGGUUCGCAGAUGGGCAAGUGCACUCGAAGUCGUGCCGCGGACCCUUGCGGAGAAUGCCUUCGGCGGCGCGGAGGGCAACGAAAUCGUCAGCCGCCUCUGGGCCAAGCACGAGGGUGCUAAUGGGGAGUCCUGGGGAGUCGAUGUCGAGAUGGAGACCGACGGCACGCUGAACUCAAGCGAGCACGGGAUCUACGACUCGUUGGCUGCGAAGACCUGGGCGAUUAAGCUCGCGACGGAAGCAGCGGUCUCGGUGCUCAGCGUCGACAGCAUCAUCAUGAGCAAGCCUGCCGGAGGGCCGAAGAUACCGCAGCAGGCGGGCAAUUGGGACGAAGAUGACUGAGAACGCAACAAAGAGUAGAAAUACCUAAUAUACUGUACAAUUGCAUCUGCUUUGACCUGAACUUAGUGAGCGAUGAGUGCAUCUCUGAC